AUGGCGAUGGCGCUCCACGGGCACGGGAGGAGGGGCAGGCUCGCGGCGGCGCUGUGGCUCGUCGUGGUGGCCACGGCGAGCGUGGCGUCGGCGCGGUUCGUGGUGGAGAAGAACAGCAUCAAGGUGCUGUCGCCGCACUCGCUACGGGGCCGCCACGAGGCCGCCAUCGCCAACUACGGCGUCCCCGACUACGGCGGCACGCUGACCGGCGUGGUGCUGUACCCGGCGGACGCGGGGCAGGCCAACGGGUGCAAGCCGUUCGGGGCGACGGCGUUCAAGUCGCGGUCCGGCCGGCCCGUGGUGCUCCUGGUGGACCGCGGCGGCUGCUACUUCGCGCUCAAGACGUGGCACGCGCAGCAGGCGGGCGCGGCGGCGGUGCUGGUGGCCGAUAGCGUGGAGGAGCCGCUGCUGACCAUGGACACCCCGGAGGAGGAGACCCCCGACAUGGCCUUCCUGGCCAACAUCACCGCCCCCUCCGCGCUCGUCUCCAAGCCCUUCGGCGACGCGCUCCGCGCCGCCGCCUCCGACUCCGGCGGCGCCGAGGUGGUGGUCCGCCUCGACUGGCGCGAGUCGAUGCCGAACCCGGACGCGCGGGUGGAGUACGAGUUCUGGACCAACAGCAACGACGAGUGCGGGCCGCGGUGCGACGAGCAGGCGGCGUUCGUGGCGGCGUUCCGGGGCCACGCGCAGCUGCUGGAGAAGGCCGGCGACGCGCUCUUCACGCCGCACUACAUCACGUGGUUCUGCCCCGACGAGUACCGGGGCACGCGGCAGUGCGCGUCGCAGUGCAUCAACCGCGGCCGCUACUGCGCGCCGGACCCGGAGGGGGACCUGGGCGCCGGCUACCGGGGCCGCGACGUGGUGCUGGAGAACCUCCGGCAGCUGUGCGUGCACCGGGUGGCCAACGCCCGCAACGCGUCGUGGGCGUGGUGGGACUUCGUGGCCGACUACCGCGUGCGGUGCUCCAUGCGGGAGAAGAGGUACUCCCGCGGGUGCGCCGAGGAGGUGGUGGCGUCGCUGGGCCUGCCGGCGGAGCUGAUCGACAAGUGCAUGGGCGACCCCGACGCCGACGCCGACAACGACGUGCUCCGGACGGAGCAGGUCGUGCAGGUCGGGCAGGGGGAUCGAGGCGACGUCACCAUCCUGCCCACGCUGGUCAUCAACAACGUGCAGUACCGGGGGAAGCUGGAGAGCACGGCCGUCCUCAAGGCGAUCUGCGCCGGUUUCAAGGAGACCACCGAGCCCCGUGUGUGCAUGACACAAGACAUGGAGACCGACGAGUGCCUGCACAACAACGGCGGCUGCUGGCGCGACGACAAGACCAACAUCACCGCCUGCAAGGACACGUACAGGGGGAGGGUGUGCGAGUGCCCGGCGGUGGACGGCGUGCAGUACGAGGGCAACGGGUACAAGGAGUGCAAGCCCGUCGGCCCCGGCCGGUGCGCCGCCAACAACGGCGGGUGCUGGAAGGAGACAAGGCACGGCAAGACCUUCUCCGCCUGCAAGGGCUCCGGGUCGCUCAGCGGCUGCGAGUGCCCGCCGGGGUUCAAGGGCGACGGCCUCACCUGCGAAGACGUGGACGAGUGCAGCGAGAAGGUGGCGUGCACCUGCCCGGGCUGCUCCUGCAAGAACAACUGGGGCGGGUACCACUGCAGCUGCGGCGGCGGCGGCAACCAGGUGUACAUCCAGGCCGAGGACACCUGCGUGGGGAAGAGCGCGGCGGCGAUGGGGUGGAUGGUGACGGCGCUGGUGCUGUCGUGCCUCGCCGGCGCCGGGCUCGCCGGGUUCGCCUUCUACAAGUACAGGCUCAGGGUACAUGGACUCGGAGGUGGCGGCGAUCAUGUCGCAGUACAUGCCUCUGGAGAGCCAGAGCAGCAGCGGCGAGAACCGGCCGCUGAGGGAGGAGGCCGUGGAAGCAGCAUAGAUAGCCAGGCAGCUGUAAGAUUUCAAGGUAGAAUUCAAACAAAUGGUGAAUACCAUGUGGCGCACAUGAAAGAGGUUGCUUAUAGCUUUACCUGA